CCAGGAGAAAGGAAUCCAACCAAUUUCAAAACAAGCAGGAUUUUUCCUCGUCUUAUCAACUCGACCAGCUUGAAGUGCUGAUAAGAUAAAGAAACGGACGCGAACGCAGCGCUGAAAUCACAAUUCCCUAUCCGUGUCCGCGCCUGGCCCGCAAUGACUCAACAGUGAAUCGUUCAGCGCUCCAGCUUUAAAAGUUGGUGAAUUUGAAGUAAAGUUUUAACACAUUCCUGAGACGAGGGCAAACGACGCCUACGCCAGCAAGCAGAUCGAUUUCGAGGCAGCGCACCACCACCCCUCGCGUACCAUAUGGAAAUGGAAGCUGCUCCGGUGAAUCCGGCCGAUUUGGCCGCGCUCAAGGAACGCAUGAAGCUCAUCGCGGACGCAGACCCCAAACAGUACCACAACGAGUUCUCCCUGAAGCGCUACCUGAGGGCGUUUAAAACCGUGGACGCGGCAUUUCAGGCCAUCCUGAAGACGAACAAGUGGCGCGAGGAGUACGGCGUCGAUCGGCUCGCCGACCAACCGGCCAUCGCGGCCAACGCCAACAAGGCGCGCGUCCUUCGGCACCGGGACUGCACCGGCCGACCCGUCAUCUACAUUCCAGCCAAAAACCACUCCUCCGAGCGGGACAUCGACGAGCUGACCAAGUUCAUCGUGCACUGCCUGGACGAGGCGUGCAAAAAGUGCUUCGAGGAGGUCACCGACAACCUGUGCAUCGUGUUCGACCUGGCCGGGUUCAGCACGUCCUGCAUGGACUACCAGCUGAUCAAGAACCUGAUUUGGCUGCUCAGCAAGCACUUCCCGGAGCGGCUCGGAGCGUGCCUGGUGCUGAACGCCCCGAUGGUCUUCUCCACGAUCUGGCCCGUCAUCAAGGCCUGGCUGGACGAGAACACCGCCGGCAAGGUGGUGUUUGUGUCCGGCGAGGAGGAUCUCUGCAAGUACCUUAUACCGGACAUUCUGCCGACCGACAUGUAAGAAGCGUGCGUUGAGUUGCGUUGCGUUGCGAUGAUUUGUCGCGUUCAAUUAACCUUAGAAGCUAACCCACCACCACCACACUCAUUCGCUGUUGAACGGCGCAACAAGCUAAACCCCGAGGUAGUCGUUACGGCGUACCACCACGUGGUUGGGUUCAAUUACAAGCUUACGUAGGGAAUUGAGAUAUACUUUCAAACACGGUUCUAAUCAAAAGGAGAAAUACCCUAGAGUCUAGUAGAAAAACUUAACGUAGUACAACUAAUUGAACAAACAAACAUUUUAUUUACAAUCUCCCCGUCUUAGGAAAAUGUAACCACUCUUCCCCCGACACAUACACCGACAAACACAUGGUAGAAUGGUUUUCUAGCAACUAAUACCUACCAAAACUACCAAAUAAUAACCGUACUAACCACACCUAUGAGGAACACACUAUUUUCAAACGGUACUUAAAAUACCUGCAAUUAAAACAAUAACA